AUGGCGACGUGCGGGAGCUUCCUGAGCUUCUGCGGAGCGCAUCCGCGGGGGCCGCCGGGGAUGUCUGCGGCUUGUGCUCCCUCGAGCUGUGCGUCGGCGGUGGCGUCUUCUCGUCGCAGGAGAGUUGCCACCAGCUGUAGCGCCAGGAGGGCGUUGCCCCCCAUGCCGCCGCUUAACCCUAGGGAUCCUUUCCUGUCCAAGCUAGCCUCCCUCGCCGCCGCCUCUCCCGAGGCCCUCACUUCCCGUCCGCCGUCGCAGGACCCCGACAUGCCUCCGUAUCUCGACCUAUUCGACACCCCUAAGCUCAUGGCGACCCCCGCUCAGGUGCGGACUCUCCAUUUUGAUGGAAAUGGUGUAUCCAUCUGGUGUGGUUUUUUUCAGUUGUGCGGGGAAUUGGAAAGAGCCCGCGUAUGGAGGCGACGAUGUGGAUUCCUUGCUUUGGUGAUAUCGUUUCGCGUGUGUUAUGUUACUUGACCUUUCACCCACCAUCUGCUGUCCGGGUGAUGAUUUAAGGCCGAUUUUCUGUGUUUUAGUGGAUUACUCGAUCUUUAACAUGAUACAAAACCCACCCGUUGUCUGUUUACCACGCAAAGGUGCUGAUUCGGACCGUCAGUCACCUUAAUAUUUCGAUAAGGAGAGCUUAAUUUUGAUGGGUUCAGGUAGUUUUGCCAUUUCUAUCGAGUCAUAGAUAGAAUACAUGGUAAAAAGAAGGUGCCCGUUCCAGACUAGGAACUUCUGUGAUCACAUCACGCGCUCGCCAUUGUUAGAUUUUACGCGACAUGGUGUAUCAUUUUCAAAACCAUAUAACACGUUUAUGCUAGUUUGACGUGGUCUAUCAUAAAAGCAGCUCAUUUCAUUUAAAUAAAAUUUUCAAGAGCGUUUACUGAAUCAUGAUUCUUGUCGAAUGGUCGGCAUUCCCUAUGUGGCGUUAUUUUCUUGGAAUAGGUAAGAGGUAUCUGAUUUUUUGAAGUCCUGGGAGAGUUUGAUGAAAUGAUAUGCAUGACAAUCAUGAAAAAUGGAAGAAUCUCUUUCAUGACACGUAUGAUCAUGAAAAAGAGAAAAACCUAUGAUAUGCAGCUGUUUACUAAACUUAGGAGGUCUGCUAUUAUUUUCUCUCCUCUAUCUUAGCAUGAUUGAAGUAAUGUUUCUAAUGGAAGAUCCAGUUCUCAGGUUUUUAGGUGAAUGGUAGGCCAAAAAUUAUCUACAAAAAAUUACAUGGGUAGGCCUUUUGUUUGAAAAAUAGUACACGGUUUUUCACGUUAACCGUGUGCCCCUCACUGCUAUGAUGUUAAACAAAGGCGAUGGCAUCAAUUGGAGCCAGUGUGUGGAUUAAAGGAGUAACAGAGAGGAGCUGCCAGGUGUAUGUUAUCAAAUUCCUGGUCCCAGUUUACUUGAAUAAAAAUUCUUAAUCCGUGUUGGUGUUAGGUUCUGGAAGCCAUAAUGGUAUGACAUAGACUCUCUGUAUGAAUGAAAAUGAUGCGGAAAAGAAGGUAACGAAAAUUGAGAACCCAGAAUAGGUUGGUGCUUGUAGCCUACGAUGCUAGGUGGUUAGGUGUGAUGGCCCAAAUUUUACUCCCAGUGGUAGAUUCUAAUGUAUUAAUCCUCAGUGACUGUUGUUAUAGGUCGUGCCUAUCCUUUCUAUACAGAUUUUCAUAUAUUUCCGCUUUUCUGGGAUCUUUUGCAUGAUGUGUUGUGGUUUUAGUAAGAAAACGUUUCUAGAAUGAAUAUCAAGCCAUGCUCACUUAUGUUUUAGUGGAUGCAUUCUUUGUCAGAUAAUUUUUUCGACUAAUCCUUCUCCUAAAAACAGGUUGAGCGCUCUGUUUCUUACAAUGAGCACCGGCCAAGGAAGCCACCUCCAGACUUGCCGUCUCUACUUCUCCAUGGUCGAAUCGUUUAUAUCGGGAUGCCAGUAUGUAUUUGUCUCUGUGAUCUAGCAUAAUUUAUCUUGCAAAGUAUCAUCCUUGUAGAUAUGCUCUGUGAGAAGCAAUAUCUCUCAAAAAUUUAUUAGCUUUUUCGUUUACUACCCAUUAUGAGAUCCCUGCUCAUAUAUUCCUAUUAUAAUCCACUCCCUACAUGCUGUGCAUCGAGUGGUUCGUGUGUUCAGCGAUUAUGCUUGUUUUAAAGGCUUUACUUCAGAUUUUAGAAAUGCAAUACAAGAUUCAUGACAGCAUUUUGCAUGUGUAUGAUAAGGGAAAGGACUAAACUGUUAGUUAUGUGCAAUCAGCUAUUUAGCAUCUCCUUCCAGCUGGUGACCAAUAGCCGAUUUUAAGUUAAAUUCCAUAUUAGCUGUAGUUUUACAUCAUUUUAACCGCCACCCAAAUCUGGUUUUGAAUAGGCACAAUCACAACACCCACCAACACAGGGUGUAUGUGUGUGCAUCUAUCUGUGUAUAUGUCCCUUAGUGUACCUGGCAAUGGAAGGAGCACCCUCUUUGAGUUGAUUCUAAUCUAUUUUUGCAUUUCACUUAGCUCUCUUUUGUCUUCUAAUUCCCUUAAGAUAUGUUAUCUAAGCCUUCAUAUGCAGCGCCACAUUAGCAUAUUAGAUCUUCUGGUUAGAUGUGUGGGAUUAGUAGCAUAUUUUUUUAACAUCCUGUUAAACCACUUCUAGUGUUUGGAUAAAGUUCGACGUUUAGUUAUAAUUCUGCUUUCGAGGCUUACAGCUUGCUGGCUUAUUGGUGUUUUUUUUAGCAGUCUCCAGCUAACUGACUGUAGUGAAAUUGGUUGGCUUCCUUGCAAGUGUUUGUAGGGGUCAAGCCUUAACGUUUUUAUUUAGAAUAUUCCAGAAAAAUGUAGUGGAUCUUCUUUACAUUUUUUUCACGUUUUAAUCUUGCUUUGUUGGCCCUAUUUGCCGGAAUUCUAACGCCUGUCGUAAAUAUAGCGGGUUUAAAUUACACUCGUGGACCCAUAUUGUGAUAAAAACUACUAUGAGACACAGAUGUCCCUUGUUUGAACCAAAGAGUUUUAAGAUAGCCUCUGUGGAGUAUUUUCAGGGGUAGUUUUGACUAAUUAAGCUCAAUUGGAUGUACACAUAUGGUAAAAAAUGAAAAAAUGAAAAAAAAAUAUUAAAGUCUUGAGGAAGGAUUCAUUUAGAGUCUAUUAAUGUGCACGCACAAAAGCUCAAUAAUCUAUCUUGUGUGAACUACAGGAAUUGGUGUCUUCCUCAUCGUUGAACUUUUUCUACAUAAGAGACUGUAAACUGUACGGCAUCUUUUUCCAGUCAAGUGUUGCUGGAUUACAUCCUUUGUUGAUCGCAUGUAGGCACCGAAGUUUCUUUGGUAAUCUCCCUGUUAAAUUCAUUCAUUUGUAGUGUCUAUACGAAUUUUUUUUUGGCCGACCUUUCUAGCGUGUAGGAUGGAAUGAAUUCAGAUCGAGAAAGAUUGAAUUUUUUGUGGUUGGCAAUUUAGGAUAUUCUCACAGAUAUAGGCAACUAUAUAGGAAGUGAUUCUCCAGAAAUCAAGUGGUUCUGUUUGUUGCCCUCCAUUUUUAUAUCCAGUGAGCUGUCAGAAAUUAUUUCCAAGCUCUUGUUGGAGUUUGGACAUAUUUUGUCGAAUUUGGAUAGUGGGCAAUUUAGGAUAUUCUCAGAUAUACAGGCAACUAUAUAGGAAGUGAUUCUCCAGAAAUCAAGUGGUUCUGUUUGUUGCCCUACAUUUUUAUUUCCAGUGAGCUGCCAGAAAUUAUUUCCGAGCUCUUGUUGGAGUUUGGGCGUAUCUUGUCGAAUUUGGAUAUUGUGCACCGUGGUUGUCUUUCUCCUCUUUUUAGUUAGCAUGCAUUGUGAUUAUUUAGCAUCCAACCCUCUGGUGACUUUAUGCCAAUGGUGAUGGUGAUACUAGGGAAUGGUUAGUUAUCUGAUGGGUAAUUUAUUGGGUAUGCUAAUAUUAAAGUUCUCCACGUUUUAAAAUUUUUCCCCUUUCGUUUUAUUCAAUCUCGUUGCAUGUGGUUGACAGUAAGCUUGUACUCCAAUAACCGUUUUCUUUGAUCAGUUGGUGCCGGCUGUCACAGAACUUGUGAUUGCGGAGUUGCUUUAUCUUCAAUGGAUGGAUCCUAAGGAGCCAAUUUAUCUGUACAUCAAUUCAACUGGAACCACUCGUGAUGAUGGCGAAACAGUACGAGCUUCUGAUCCGUUUUGAUAAAGUUUCGCAUAUUGUUUGAUAAAUAGAUCGUAUUCCUGAUGUUUAUCAUAUCAUCUGACGGACAAAAACAUGCCAAAAUCAAAGAACCUAGAAUAAGCAUUUUAAGUGACAAAGAAACUAUCUUAGUCAACCAUAUUUAUUCUCUCUGUUUCAGGUCGGAAUGGAGUCUGAAGGUUUUGCCAUCUAUGAUGCAAUGAUGCAGCUAAAAAAUGAGGUAAAUUAUUUCAUGCGCGGCAAUCAGAUAAUUCAGUUCUGUCUGUUUUUUGGCAUAAAUUCAGUUCUUCUGUUUUUUUGCACCUUGGAACACUUCCUAGGCCAUCUGGGCAUAAAAUGCAUGUUAAUUUCCGUUCAACUUUCUCAACGACCGAGUCCCCUUUAUAUAUUCUACGAAAAGAUUGAACGUAUUACCCGUUUUUGUUUCUUUUUUUUUUCUUUUUUUUUCUCACACUUUCGAUUCUAACAUUUAGGAGCAAAUUAGUAUUUCGGAACUUGUCUGCUGAAUUUGGAGAACACAUAUUUUCCUUAGUUUCAGUCAUCCCUCAGCACGUUUCUUGAAAAAAGAAAAAGAAAAUAUUUAAAUAAAUAAUGAAAAAAUUAAAACCAAUGGAAUCCGACAAGUCAGUGUAUUAGUUAAAAAAUAAGUGAUGUCUGGGGAUCGUGUCUACCUUUAAGUAGUCAUGCCUACACCAAGGGUUUUCAAAUAAUCUCAUCUUUAAGUAAAGCAAUGUAUACAUCUACAAUUUCAUGAAGCAAAGAGAACAUGAUUAGACAGACCUAAAAUCCGUAGAUGCUGCAUCUGGAGGAGAAUUUCAUCAUCUCUUCCUAUUUUCAUCGUUUCCAGAUCCAAACAGUGGCUGUUGGAGCUGCAAUAGGUCAGUCUUGCCUACUUCUUGCUGCAGGAAAGAAGGGUAGAAGGUUUAUGAUGCCGCAUGCAAAGGGUAUAACUGUGCUAUUAAUUUUUUUAUUUUUUAUUUUUGGUAUUUCUUUGUUGGGUAAGGGGAAUUUGUGAACUUCCUAAACGACCACAUUUGCUCUGCGCAGCUAUGAUUCAGCAGCCUCGUGUUCCAUCAUCUGGGCAGAUGCCUGCAAGCGAUGUACUUAUUCGUGCUAAGGAGGUAAAUGUGGCCAUUCUUAUAGGAUCAACCAUGCAUCUAUUGAUUGAUUGGUGCAAUGUAGAUAUCAUACAUGCUUUCCAUUUAGGGCAAACCCCUUUCAUUAGAAAAAAAAAGAGUCAAAAUAAGUCAGGAAUAAAGAUGAUCUAAGAUAUAUUUCUACAUAAAAAAAACCAAGAAAAAAGCAGCUGCUCUCUUACAAUCUCCAUGGUAUCACCAAAUUCGGCAUAGCUGACUUGAUCGUUUGACUUUAUUUCCUUUUUUCUAUCUGAUUAUCUCAUCUUUUAGUUCACUGAUAUUUGUGCUUGCAAUCAUUUCUCUCGGAUCGUUUCCUUGUUUUCAUAUGACCACUAACCUACCUAUUCAGCAGCAUGAUAGAUAUUUCAUAAUUGUUUCAGGUUAUUAAUAACAGAGACACACUGGUUAAGCUCCUUGCUCGACACACCAGAAAUGUGAGUAUAUAUGACAGAGAACUCCUCCAUAGUAAGCUUCAGGGUUCAAGUCUCUCACUAGAUUCCUUCUCAGUCUGUUGAGGAGGUAUCGAAGGUGAUGCGCAGGCCAUACUACAUGGACUCCAUGAGGGCCCUAGAAUUCGGCGUCAUCGACAAGGUACAACGCCGUAGCUGCACAUAAUCUGUUCUACGGAAUGCACGGAUCGGCGAUGGUCGCCUGACCCGUUGACUUAAAUUUUCUUCUCUGCAGAUCCUCUGGCGUGGUCAAGAGAAAAUCAUGUCAGCUGUUGCCUCGGCCGAAGAAUGGGACCGCCGAUCAGGCAUCAAGGUCGUCGACGGGAUGUGA